AUGUCUUCCGCUGCACACGGCGGCGCAGGCAGUGGUGGCGUUCACCUCGCCGUCAGCUCCCUCGCCGACGACCGCGCCUUCAACAGCUACCACAUGUCCUCGUUUAUGGCGAUGGAGGUGGCGGCCACGAUCAUCCCGCGCUUCUCGAUGGAUCGGGUGGACUGCCUGGGCGGCAGCUACGGCCCGUUUGCCCCGAAUUACCCCGUCGACGUGCCGCUGUGGCUGGCGUUGUACCUGCGCCAAACUGACACGUGCGCCAUCCAGCCCCCCGACUACCUCCGAGUGGAGUACCUUCGCGACGUGAUUGAGCGGGAGCGCACGAACGAUCAGGGAUUUGAGAGCCUGCCCUUCUACUUCUAUGAAAUCGCAAAGAAGCUGACGGAGCGCGGUGGUGGGUUGGGAGGCUCGUCGAGCGGCGGGGGCAGCGGGGCCGAUGACGGCGACAUCAUCCCCAGCGUCGUGGAGGUGAUUCGCCUGGUGAACGAAAUUCACGCCAUGCGGCAGCAGAAGCUGAAGAACCUCAUGACCGUCUUCGAGGCUGAGGGUUCGCCGAUGUUUAUUCCCGGUGUGCUGCUGACGAACAUCGUUUGUCAUGAGCUGCACUUUUUACGGUCCAGCUUUGCGAUUGUCUUGCAGCAAGCAGCGACAAUGGAGCGGGAGCGGCAGAGAGCGGUGCGACUGCCCGUCGUGUCCACCACCGCUACCGUCAUCGCAGGCCGGCUUUCGUCCUCCUCAAUCACCACCACCACCGGUGGCAUCACAGGUGUGAGCGGGGCAACGAGUACGCGGACUACGACAACGUUGGGCGCGGCAACGGAUGGUGUCUCGGAGCUUGGUGGCGACGGCGUGUCGCACUCGCAGGGAUCUGCGCUGACCACGGCGACGACGGCCACCACGGCCAUGACGCCAGGCGGGGCAACGCAGCAGACGGAUGCCUCGCCCGAGGUAACGCCGCUGGUGCAGCCGCCCGUCAAGAAGCGCCGAACGUUGCGACAGACGUGA